AACCGUACCAACUCCGGACAGCAGACUCGGUCGAGACAGAAAUCUGUCCUGCACUCUUCGGGAUGACAGGACAGCGAGUCAACACAUCCGUUUGCUGAGAACAUGACAAACUAGUCCGUUUACCAUCCGACAGUUAGUGAAGGGCUAACUAUGAAAUACAAGCUGGCAACUCGGGGGUAGUUUGUUGAAGGUAGGAACCGCCAUAAACAAAAUAGUUGUGUUGUAGCUCUUCAGGCUAACUUUACGUUAGCAGCCCACCAUUAGCUCGCUAACGUUAAAUCAGAAUAGGCGUUAAAGUUGACUUUGCUAGCUAACGACUCUUAACCCGUUAAAUGUGCCCCCGACAGCUGAAGCGGAGCGGCACGUGCAGUUUAUAGACCGAACAGUAGUCGGCAAGUUUAACUCGCGACCGAGAAUCAUGGCGUCGACGCGAUUCAGCCCGACAACAUAUGCGGAGGAGCAGUUUUGACUUCGGGCUGUCAACAAGCUCGCUGCCGUUCAGCUAGCUCUCGAGCCGCCAUGGCCCGAGUAGAGAACGGCCGCCAGCCCGCGGACACGAGGAGCAUCCUGACUGUGAGCAGCAGUCACGUUGACGAUGAGAGCUCCCUGGGCUCGGACUCCGAGAUCAACGGAUUCACCAGCGACAGACAAACCGACAAAUAUGGAUUCAUCGGUGGAGCGCAGCAGCACACGGAGGCGUCAGCUCAAGAUUUACCCCCACAGGUGCUCAGGCAAAGGGAGGUGAAGUGGUUGGACAUGCUCAGCCACUGGGAUAAGUGGAUGAUCAAGAGAUUCAAUAAGGUGAGGCUCCGGUGCCAGAAAGGAAUCCCUCCCGCUCUCCGAGGCCGUGCAUGGCUCUACCUGUCGGGAGGGAAGGUGAAGAAAGAGCAGAACCAAGGAAAGUUUCAGGAGCUGGACAGCCAGCCUGGAGACCCCAAAUGGGUAGAUGUGAUUGAGAAAGACCUCCAUCGACAGUUUCCUUUCCAUGAGAUGUUUGUGUCACGGGGAGGACACGGGCAGCAGGAUCUGUUCCGUGUUCUUAAGGCUUACACUCUGUACAGACCAGAGGAGGGAUACUGCCAGGCUCAGGCUCCCAUCGCUGCUGUGUUGCUUAUGCACAUGCCUGCUGAGGAUGCCUUCUGGGGGCUGGUCCAAAUUUGCGAGAAGUACCUUCCUGGAUACUACAGUCCUGGCUUGGAAGCUAUACAGUUAGAUGGCGAGAUCCUGUAUGCUCUGCUGCGACGUGUCUCCCCGCUAGCCUUCCGCCAUCUGGAGAAACACAAGAUUGACCCCAUCCUCUACAUGACUGAAUGGUUUAUGUGUGCCUUCUCCAGGACGCUGCCCUGGGCCUCUGUGCUGCGUGUCUGGGACAUGUUCCUCUGUGACGGAGUAAAGAUAAUCUUUCGUGUGGGUUUGGUGCUUCUGAAGUGCAUGCUGGGGACCCGGGAGAAGCUGAAGGCCUGCCAGGGCCAGUAUGAAACCAUGGAGCUUCUCAGGGCCUUAGAGCCUCGAUACAUGCAGGAGGGCUUCCUGGUCCGAGAGAUUCUAGAGGUGCCGGUGACAGCGCGAGACGUGGAAAGGGAGAACCACACCCAGCUGAAGCGCUGGAAGAAGAACCACGGAGAGCUGAAUUUCAAAUCCCCCCCGAGGAUGCACGGCGCUCAAAUCGUCAUGUUGUCUGAACCGCCAAGACGCCAGGACCUGCAGCAGAACCCCACCAUUGUACUAGAGCUGCCUCAGCCCACCCCUCAGCUCAAGAAGGGAAAGGAGGAAAAGAAAAGCAUGAAGAAGAAGAAGAGCAUGAAGAAGUCCCAGCCUGUUGUGGAGAUCCCUAAUCCUUACUCUCUUCCCAAUGACCCUCCACCACCUCCCCCCUCAGAUCCACCAGCUCCUCCUCCAGUCAGCAACAAGAAGCCAGAGGCUGUGCCACAGACUGAAACAGACCCAUCUCACCAGCAGCAAGCGCCUCCUACAGACCUUCCCCCUGCCAAAGAAUCUCCUCUUCAGCGAUCCACACAAAGCCUUAGCAGCACAGAGCAGGACACAUACCUGUAGCUCUACAUCAGUGUGUGUGUGUGUGUGUGUGUGUGUGUGUGUGUGUGUGUGUGUGUGUGUGUGUGUGUGUGUGUGUGUGUGUGUGUGUGUGUGUGUGAGAGAGAGAGAGAGAGAGAGAGUGUGUGUGUGUGUGUGUGUGAACGGAGCACCAGCACCCUUCAGCCAACGGCCAGCAAGCCUUUCCAAGGUUUAUUAUUCUAAUGUUGGACUGUUUAGUAUUCAUUUAUUCAUUUUAGACACCAUUUUGCCUUUUUACAUUACUGUGAUACACUAAAGCAUCAUGGCUAUGUGUAAAACUACUUUGAUGCUUAUGCCAUUUCUUCAUGUUAAGCUGAUGUUAACUCCUGUUGAUGCUUAAUGCUCUUACCUUAAGUAUUCUGUCUGCAAGAGAGACGUGUUACUGAGUUAUUGGGAGCAGUCAUUUCUUCAUAGCAGUGUGGUUUCAAGGUUAAAAUGGGACCUAAAGAACAAUGGGGUGCCACAGCUGAUGCAGUUUUACUAUACAUUUCUGCUCAAAUUCAACACUAUUAAAUUAAUUAGUCAUUCUGCAGCGGUGGAUGUAAAUUGUCCAACUCCAUGCUUUUCCACAUUUUCACUUUGUCCACUAGAGGGCAGACUGGCAGAGGUUUCAGCUGUUCUGUCCCCUGUUAGGAAAGCUGAUCACAGCAGGGAUGGGAUUCCUUUCAGCAUUCUCUAACUUUGGGAGGUACAAUUCUGAGAUUGAGCUUCUGUUUGUUUUUGUGUGUUUUUUUUUUCAAUCAGGGAAAUUGUGCAUUUCCGUUUUUUUAUUCUUAAAUUUGAAUUGAUUCAUGAGAUUGAGUUAGACAACACUGUUUCAUGCACGUCUUUUCUUCCGAUCCUUAUUUGUUUUAAGCGUUUAAGACAGUUGAAUGACGGAUGGUGUUUGUGCAUUCCCUGCUAACGCACAAAUGGUCACUUUUUUUCAGAUUCUGUAGAAUAUAUGUGAUUCAACUCCAAUAUUCACUGCGCCCGGCACUUCCAGACACUUUAGAGCAGCAGUGAUUCACGUUACUCUGACAGAAGAGAGGAGCACACUGGACAUUCCUCACUGGAUGACGCAUUCCUGCCUGGUUAAAAGCUUAUCAGUUUGAAAGCUGUCUCUCGCCAAAUGCAAUCCUGUAUAAUGUAUGGAUUUGUGCAUGUGUUUCCUGUGAGGGCGAGUGAGUCCAAAUCACCUUAUUGUGCUGACCUUCCUCUUGGCUUUGCUCAAAUAUCCAGUUACAGCCAAGAAGAUCUUAUGCGUGGUGGGUCUGUUUUUUAUAUAUUAUGCUAGAAGUUCCAAAACGGAUCAAGACUGUAGUUUUGAGACGACCUACAACCGUCAAGAGGGAUCGAAUGAUCUCAAGAUAUUUGUAGCAUUUCUCUUUUGAAAACUUGGCUCAUUUGUUUGCAAAAUAUGGAACCAUCCAGGGGUUGUGAGGCUUUCUUUUUCAAAACAUUGGACAAUCCUUUUUUGUGACGGUCCAAGUCUGUUUUUCUAUCUUUCAUCACAAUGAUAGAGUAAAGGGAGUUUUGACAAGCUUAGGCACACGUGUAAGAUGUGUUUUUGUAUAUGAUUAAUAUAAAAAAAAGUAUGCUAAACAAUGCAUGUGUUGGGUCAGUUUUAAAAAGCUGUGUGGUUUAAAGGGAUAAUACAUUUUCAAGCAGCCAAUUGUAUGCAGUAGAUCUUUAGUUGCUUAUUUUACACACCUCACAUUUCGCUGAUGUUAUAUUUUAAUUUAAUGCUCAUUGUGUAGAUACAACAUGUAAAAUAACAAUUUCUUUUGUAAUUAAAUAUAUGUUUCAAUGUAUAAUGCUAUAUUUGAUGUAGCAGUUAUAUAAACAGAGGAGACAUAUCUAAAUAAUUUGAAGUGUAGAACUCUUAGAUAAACAUUUGUAAUACGAGAAAAAUUUGUGAGUAACUUUUGCAAGUGAAAAUGAGUGUUACUCUAAAGAUGGAUUGGUAUUCUUGUCUCAUUCACAUUAGGAUUAUUAGGGAUGUUUGACAACCAUGAGGCACUAUGCAUCAUCAUCAUGAGUUAACAUUUUACAAAUACAUUUUUGUUUAAAGCUGUCAUAAAACCUUCUUUUUUUGCUGCAUGUGUUAAUUGAUGAUCAUAAACUGGUUGAAUAUUAUAUUUUUACCACCAGAUGGAGCUCCAGAGUUAUCACUUUGAAUUAAGCAGGAGUUUAUGUGCAUGGUACUGUGGCACCCUGAGGCGUCAUAAUGAAGAAACGAGCAAUCAGUUUUAAAACUCAUGUAAGACAUGCAGUAAGUUCACAGCUUAUACAAAUCUCUAGAAAUACAUUUAAACAAUUGGCAUACUCAAUUGUUGUUCGUUAUAUCAUAAUCAAAAAAUGUAUGUCUAUACACACACAAGGAUUUGUUUUUUCUGUUUC